UACACUCAUAACCUUUUGCCGGUUAGUUCCGCAAGUUACAGAAUAGAGAGACAGUCAAUUGAUCUCUGACUUCUCUCACACAAUAAGAAACCGAAAGAAAGAAGCUACUGCUCUUUCCAGUUUCCCACUUCUCUCCCCCCAUUUUCUUAAUUCGUUGUGAUCAAUUAAUCUAACCUAGCUGAAAAAUGCUUCCUUUAUCACUGUUGAAGACUGCUCAGGGCCACCCCAUGUUGGUGGAAUUGAAGAAUGGGGAAACUUACAAUGGGCAUUUGGUUAACUGUGAUACAUGGAUGAACAUUCAUCUUCGUGAAGUCAUCUGUACCUCUAAGGAUGGAGAUAGGUUUUGGAGAAUGCCUGAGUGUUAUAUCCGGGGAAAUACUAUCAAGUAUCUAAGAGUGCCAGAUGAGGUCAUUGAUAAGGUCCAGGAGGAGAAGAGCCGCACAGACAGGAAGCCUCCUGGUGUAGGGCGUGGGAGAGGAAGAGGUAGAGAAGAUGGUCCUGGGCGGCAGAUAAAAGGCGUUGGACGCGGUAUGGAUGAUGGAGGUAAAGGUGUUGGAGGCAGAGGUAGGGGUGGUCCUGGUGGGAAGCCUGGUGGGAAAGCAGUUGGAGGCCGAGGUCGAUGAAGUGCAUGCAGAAUUGCAGAUAGCGUUGAGCCGAGGACGGUACUUGCUGCGGUGGUGUUUUGCUGCUUUUGAUGCAUUUGCCACCGUUUGGAUUUUUCAUUUUGCCAAAAACAGGACAAUCAGUGUGAGUUCGCGGGGUGAUUAGAAAAAAGCAAGCUUAUGGAUUGGAUUUUAGUUACCUAGUAAGAUAAUGUAAUGUAUGUUUUGGUAGGUUGUAAAACAGUUGAAGUUGUCCCUUGAUUCUAUUCGCGGGUGUGUUUUCAUUGUGUUUCUUACUUGCUGCUCAAACUAAUCAUUGUGAAGGCCUAAAGCUAGUGAUAUAUUUACAGAA